UUCCACUCUCUCGCCCUGUUCUCCUCCCCACUAACCCUUCUCCUCCCGUACCCCUCCGGAAGGCGAUCCAUGGCGGCGGCGGCGGGUUGGCUCCGGCGAGCGGCGGCGGCCGCGGUGGCGCCUCGCCUGCCUUCCGGACUACCUCUCCUACCUGCAACCCCUGCAGCUCCUUUGAACGAGGCCCAGUCGCUGGUGUUUCCAGGCAUAGGCGCCGCCGUCGGCGGCGGCAUGGAGCUCAUGGCCGUCCCCAAGAAGAAGGUGUCAAAAUACAAGAAGGGUUUGAGGAAUGGACCAAAAGUGUUGAAGCCUGUUCCAGUGAUUGUCCGUUGCAGGUGUUGUGGCCGAGUGAAACUGCCCCACUUCUACUGCUGCAGCGGAGAAAGAGGGAACCCCGGUGACUCGAGCUCAUAAAAUUGUUCAGCUAGCUUCUCCCCAGUUCGGUCUGAACAUCAAGCUACGUCUGAACUCUGAACAUCAUAGCACCAUAAACGUUGUCGGAUCUCAUUCUAUGUUUGGUUUCUGUUCUAUUUGCAAGGUUUUAAAUCAAUGUACGCUUAGACCCCAGUUUGAUUGUGAAAAUCCCCUGUCAAAACUCAAUGCUACGGUUGACAUGAAUGGAUGCAUCAGGCUUCGUUCUUGUCAGCUAUUUGGCUGAGAUAUUCCGCGAGAGCUUGACAAAAACUUUCCAUACAGUUCUGAAAAAGUUAAAUAAAUAUAUUUGUCAAUAUUACAAUAA